AUGCGUACCACAGCAGUCUUGAAGAACGCCGCUCGCACUCCUUUGAUCAAGUUCCUCGGAAAGCGCACGACGCCAGUUUCCGUUGACCACACCCCUCACGUUCACCCUGCUUCUCCCUCUCAGAGUCUCCCCGACUCCUUCGCCUUGUACCGAGCCAAGGCCCAACAGCAUGGACCUCUAAACACUCCCGGCCGCGCCUCAUCUCGGUCGUACGGCGCAAUUGGCGGCUCUCCUGGUAUUGCUCUAGGUCCCAUUGAGCCUCGCAAGGGCGAAUUCUUUGAUCGUGAUGAAUUGCCUCCUCGCUUCCACCGUCUACCCUGGAGCGAGUUGGAGAUUGAGGCCGUUGAGACUGGCGGCGCUAGUCUCUACAACUAA